AUGCAGACAAAAGGGGGCCAAACAUGGGCGAGAAGGGCUGUGUUGCUCAGCAUCCUGUGGGCCACUGCACAUCUGCCUCUCUCAGGGACCUCCCUGCCCCAGCGUCUCCCAAGGGCCACAGGAAAUAGCACCCAAUGUGUUAUUUCUCCAUCAUCGGAGUUUCCCGAAGGGUUUUUCACGAGACAGGAGCGCAGAGAUGGAGGCAUCAUAAUCUAUUUCCUAAUUAUCGUUUACAUGUUCAUGGCCAUAUCUAUUGUCUGUGAUGAAUACUUCCUACCAUCCCUGGAAAUCAUCAGUGAAUCCCUUGGAUUGUCUCAGGAUGUUGCAGGCGCAACUUUCAUGGCAGCGGGUAGUUCAGCUCCUGAAUUAGUUACUGCUUUCCUAGGUGUAUUUAUCACAAAGGGAGAUAUUGGCAUUAGCACCAUCCUUGGAUCUGCAAUUUAUAAUCUCCUUGGCAUCUGUGCUGCCUGUGGUUUGCUAUCUAAUACGGUCUCAACACUAUCAUGUUGGCCCCUAUUCAGAGACUGUGCAGCGUACACAAUUAGUGUAGCAGCAGUUCUUGCUAUAAUAUAUGACAACCAAGUUUACUGGUAUGAAGGGGCUUUACUGCUUUUGAUAUAUGGAUUGUAUGUUUUGGUGCUGUGUUUUGACAUUAAAAUUAACCAAUAUAUUAUAAAGAAAUGCAGUCCUUGCUGCGCCUGUCUUGCCAAAGCUAUGGAGAGAAGUGAACAACAGCCACUGAUGGGCUGGGAAGAUGAAGGUCAACCGUUCAUUCGUUGGCAAUCAAGAACUGAUAGUGGAAUAUUUUAUGAAGAUUCUGGCUACUCUCAGCUCUCUAUAAGUUUACAUGGUCUUAGUCAGGUUUCUGAAGAUCCACCAAGUGUUUUCAACAUGCCUGAAGCAGACUUAAAAAGAAUUUUUUGGGUAUUAUCCCUUCCUAUUAUUACAUUACUUUUUCUAACCACACCAGAUUGUAGAAAAAAGUUUUGGAAAAACUACUUUGUGAUAACCUUUUUCAUGUCUGCAAUAUGGAUAUCCGCAUUUACAUAUAUCCUGGUUUGGAUGGUCACAAUAACUGGGGAAACACUAGAAAUUCCCGAUACAGUAAUGGGCCUUACUUUAUUAGCAGCAGGAACAAGCAUACCAGACACAAUUGCAAGUGUGUUGGUUGCAAGAAAAGGGAAAGGAGAUAUGGCUAUGUCUAACAUCGUGGGAUCCAAUGUGUUUGAUAUGUUGUGCCUUGGUAUUCCAUGGUUUAUUAAAACUGCAUUUAUAAAUGGAUCAGCUCCUGCAGAAGUAAACAGCAGAGGACUAACUUACAUAACCAUCUCUCUCAACAUUUCAAUUAUUUUUCUUUUUUUAGCAGUUCACUUCAAUGGCUGGAAACUAGACAGAAAGUUGGGAAUAGUCUGCCUAUUAUCAUACUUGGGGCUUGCUACAUUAUCAGUUCUAUAUGAACUUGGAAUUAUUGGAAAUAAUAAAAUAAGGGGCUGUGGAGGUUGA